AUGAAAAGGUUACUUAUAGUGAGGGCUGGCAUAAAGAUUACCCUAGCGGUAAUACAAAUCGCUCUAGUCACAGGAAAGGCGCUCAUUCCUCAAGAGCAACAGGUACAGCAACAAGUACAGCAACAGGUCGACGCAAAAGGAGGCGCGCAGAAGCGCGUCGGCUAUGACUACCCCGCUCCCCCCUUGGACCUGGUUAACCCCUACCAAGACCACGACGACCUCCACCUCCACGGUGACCAUCAUGAGGUGAUAGAUCACCACGACGACCACGACGACCAUGACUACCACGGUGAUGCACACCACCACGACGACCACGAUCUGCACGACCACCACGAACACCACGAGGAGCUCCACAUACAGGAGCACCAUGAGGAACACCACGACGAGCAUGACCACCACGAUCAUCAUGAUCCCGGAUAUUGGAAAAAGAAGCUUAUAUGGAAGCCGGGAUGGAAGAAAAUCUGGAACAAGUCCAAGAAACAGAUAUGGAAGCCGUCUUGGAAGAAAAUCUGGAAACCGAUAUGGGUACCGACAAAGGUCCCCGCGUGGAAAGACAUCAAAGUCCCUGACUGGAAAAAAAUAUACAAGCCAGUGUGGAAGCCAAUCAAAGUGCCGGCAUGGAAAGAAGUGAAGGUUCCGGAUUGGAAAAAAAUUCAAGUACCAGUAUACAAAGACAUCGUUGUUCCUGGAUGGAAAGAAAUACAAGUUCCAGCUUGGAAGAAGGUAUGGGUGCCAGAGUGGGUCAAAGUUGGUGUUCCCGGAGAAAAGUACCUCGGCAAGGAUCAUGAUGGAUGGGAAUAUACUUCACAUGACCUUUGGAAGAAGAAACUGAUUUGGAAACCACUUUGGAAGAAAUAUUGGAAACCAGCUAAGAAGCAAAUCUGGAUCCCGGAUAAGAAAUUAGUAUGGAAAGACGAAUGGAAACAAAUUUGGAAGACAGAAAAGAAGCAAAUCUGGGUCGACGAUAAAAAACUAAUAUGGAAGGAGGCCUGGCAACAGAUCUGGAAGCCUUCUAAGAAACUAAUCUGGAUUCCUGAUAAGAAACUAGAAUGGAAGGAAGCGUGGAAACAGAUUUGGGUACCCGAUUGGAAGGACAUUUGGGUGCCGGGAGUGAAGAAGAUUUGGCGGCCAGUCUGGAUAUCAGAGUGGUUCCCAUCGCCCGAUCAUCAUGAACACGUUCACGAGUCCCAUGGUUGGGACAGGAGUGACAACAAUGUGGCAGCUAGCCAAAAAUCAGAGGCAGUGAAAGAAGCUCCCCAGCAACCCAAGCCUCAACAGCCCCAACAGUCAACGUGGCAGUUCCCUAAA